AGCCUCGGCGGAAUGACCCGCCCACGGACGGAAAAUGUGAAGUCGUGUUUUGCGGAUGAGUCAGGCCGUCCAGACCGUCGCCAUUCAUCUUGCGUAGGCCAUAUCCCGCUGGUUUUCCUGCUCUUUUAUAAGUGAAGGUUUUCAUAGCGAGUGUGGUUACGACCUCUGGACAGGCGCCAAGAAAACGAGAGGCGCGACACUUUUCUUUAGGCAAAUGAGUUUGUUAUAUUUGAUAUUGUUUUUUUCGUAACAGUUCAACCCGUCUUACGUCAUUGUAAAGUUAUCCCGUAAAGCAAGAAAUCAGCCGCGGGUACAAACACAGUGAAAGCUUCUAGAAGAUGUCCGCCGGCCGCCCGCAUGCGCAGACCCUCUGUGGGCCUUCGAUAACCUGUUUACUUGCUAACCGUUAUUCCGUGCGUGGGCGGCACUGAGGCUGUGCGAGGCCCCUGCCGAACGCCGACUGUUCCUUGGUGUUGAAUCCAGUGCCUCGCCUUCCACGAAUGCCUGCGGGAGCGAAGAGGAUCGGGACCCUCCGAGACUGCAAACAUGGCAGGCCGUGCCCUUUGUGUGUAUAAUUAGCCUCAAGGUGUAAAACAUAAACGAAAAUUUGAAAACAGACGAAUCAACAGUUGCGAGGACAACAUCUUACAGGACGUAAAUCCGGGUCCCUAUUAGGGAAACAGUCAGUGAGUCAGCGAGUCGGGCUCGGACCCGCCAUGUGGCCGUCGCACAUCGCCAAGCCGCUCCAGCGAGCUCCAGUCAAGAGAUCGGCGGAGGACGGCGAGGACCUGGCCCGGCGCUGCAUGGGCGACCUGCGCGGACGCCACGGCAUGUUCCGCAUGCCCGACUGGAUGUCGGAGGACGACGACAUGACCGACCUAGCGCACCGCAUGUCGCACGCGCCGCACUUCGCUACCAUGGGCCGCCGCGGGGGCCCCUGGCGGGAGCGCCGAAGCUCGGGGGGGUCGGCCAUGAGCGCCACCUCCGAGGACGACUCCUGCGACGCCGCGGCCACAGACAAGUCCUCACAGUGCUCCGGGGGGUCCACCGAAGGCCCUGCGGCUUCUCACGAAAUCCCCAUUCGGCUGGAGGCUCCGGCCCCGCCCUCUGCGUCUCGGCAGCAGCAGCAGGCAGAGAACGAGCCGGUUGCGCCGUUACGAACGAGCCACGCCAGACACGCCCCUCAGUACCCAGUCAGAACCACCUCCGCCGUCGACGCCUCGGACCACUCGAGGGACGUCCCGCGGAGCACACGGUGCGCGUCCGCGCCGCCCGAGAUGGCUGAGCAGCCUCUGCAGCCACAGGCGUCGCCGCAGCAGCAGCGGUUCGUGUCGAAGAUCAGCAUCACGCCCCAGGUUCCCCAGGGCCCCGGCACCCCGCCGGCGAAGCCCGCGUCGCCGCUGCCCGCCAAGUUCAACACGAUCCCCAAGCCGUUCGUCCCAGCGAACAAGCCGCAACCGCAGACGUCCGCGCAGGAGCAGCAGCUGCCGCAGCAACCGUACGAGGAACAGCAGCAGCACGGUCACAUGGCGAGCCCUCAGAUGCAGUACCAGCAGCCUCCUCAGCCCCAGCAGCAAGUGCCUUCGCAGACACCACCUCAGUACCAGCAGCAGUACCAGCAGCAGCCGCAGUUUCACCAACAGUACCAGCAGCAGCAGCAGCCACAGUACCAGCAACAGUACCACCAGACGCCCCUCCAGCAGCAGCAGUCGCCGCGACAGUCGGGCCAAAGGCCGAGCGUCGUGCGCAACAUCCCCAUUUUCGUCGAGGGUCGUGACGGCCCUCUCGUCAGCGAGGAGAGCGGCACCCCGCCCAAGGCAACGCCUCAGUGGGGACAGCAGUGGCAGCAGCCGCAGCCUCAGCCGCAGCCUCAGCCGCAGCCCCAGCCCCAGCCCCAGCCCCAGCAAAGUCAGCAUCCUCAGCAGCCACAUCCUCAGCAACAGCGGCAACAGUUCAAACAACAGGGCCAGCCUCAGCAACCUCAGCCCCAACCCAUACCUCAGCCUGUGCCCAUGCCCAUGCCCCAGCCACACUCUCAGCCACAGGCCCAGCAGCAGCAGCAGCAAGGCGAGCCCAAGCCGCCGCAGCCCGCGAAGGACCCGCGCCUGUCCCAGAUCGAGACCGUGAAGGCGUCCGUGGACGAGUACCGCGCGAAGGUCGAGGACUUCUCGGGCUCGAAAAAGAGCCGGGAGUUCCUGUACCUCGACGAGAUGCUCACCCGCGCCCUCCUGCAGCUCGACAACGUCGACCCCGACGGUCGCGACGACGUGCGACAGGCUCGUCGCGCCGUCAUCAAAGACAUCAACGCCGCGAUAUCGCUCCUGGAGUCCAAGGCGACCGAACCGGAGCAGGCGCAGAAGGAGAAGACGCCCUCGCCAGCGGCCACGCAGGAGGCUGCGGUAGAGCCCAAAGUUAACCCGGAGGCAACGGAAGAUAAUCGGGCAACAGAGGAGAAAAAUGCAGCCGAACAGGAGAAAGCUGAAGAGACCACAGGAUCUGC